AUGGUACUCAAGGCCCGAAUUGAAAAUGGCAUUGUUUAUUCGCCGUACCCAUCGGAACCCUUGCCGGAAAUGUCAAUUUACCAGGUUGUAAAGCAAUGCCUUGUGGAACAUGGCAACCGAAAGGCCCUGGUCUGGGACGACCUUGAGAUCACUUUUGAAGAGCUCCUCAAGACGUUUCAGCGUUAUGCAGCUGGGUUUCAGGGACACGGUGUAACUAAAGGCGAGAGAGUCCUAGUACACCUGGAUAAUUCCGCAGAAAACAUCAUUGCCAUGAUCAGCAUCGUAUUUGCCGGAGCAGUUGCUGUGGUGUCGGACCCCUUUUUGACAAAUGAUGAUAUUCUUCGUAGGAUUCGAGAGAGCAAAGCCACCUACAUUCUCAUCACACAAAGUGAGACUAAUCGGUUCAUCGACAUGCUCGACAUGCUUGAUAUGAAGGGUUGCUUUACUACGGGAACCGCACCAGGAUUUGUUUCAGUGACAGAAUUCAAGAAGUUGGAUGAAAAUAGCUACGAGGAGUUUCCGGUGGAGAACGUGAAAGACGAAGUGGCUGUGCUGGGUUACUCAUCCGGAACAACCGGUAUCCCUAAAGCCAUUGAACUUACGCAUAUGAGCCUGGUGCCCAGUUUCCCUGGCCCCGGGCUCCAUAACCUCUACAAUAAUCAUGAUAUUGCUGUUUUCCGGGUGCCUAUUACGUCGUCUGCUGGGUAUCGGUCUUUUCUGCGAACAUGGACAUCUGGAACGAUGAUUGUUCUUUUACGGAGAGAAGCUAGCACAACAGAAAUCCUUGACGCCAUCACGAAGUACAAGGCAACAGCGGUGUUGGGGAAUUCGACCAUUAUGUUGGAGCUCGCCAAUAAGAUUCAGGAAAAAGGCAUCCGAUUGGAUUCUGUCAAGAAGGUUUUUUUGGGUGGUACAAGUGCCACGUAUCAGACUAUGAGACAAAUUGAACAGUCGUUUGAUCUGGAUAUAAUCAGGAGCGUUUAUGGAAGUACAGAAACUGGCGAAAUUUGUGCACCCCCAAUGGGUGCAUCAAGCUGGCACGGCCUUGGAUUCCCAUCUCCGAAUGUACAAAUUAAGGUAAGGUGA